ACUCAUCGUUUUCCCUGCGCCAGCACUUUAGAAUUGGCACUGCUUUUCUCCAUUUACUCCAUACUCCAGGACCAGUGUGCACUUUGACCCAGAGGAUAUCCUGUGCCUGCUCAGCAGUUGGAGCGUGAGUGCACUAAAGCCAUCAUAAGACAAACGAUCUUUACAGCUUUAUGCACUUUUAUCGGGAUAAAAGGAUAUUUAAACAUUCUACAAAGCAGAGAAACUACAGACUGGAAACAUUGACUUUCAAACUUGACAAUGAUGGAAGAGGUAAAAGAAGUGACACCUACUCUGAGUGUCCAUGCUGAUAACAUUAAGGUAACAGAGGUGCUGAAAGAAGGGGACACACUUACCUUCAUUAUCGUAUCCCAGAAGCUGUCUGGGACAGGGGAGUACCAUGUGGACCGGACCUAUGAUGAUUUUGAAUGGCUGCAACAGCACCUGUUCUCUCAGGAGGAUGUGCCCGGGAUACAGGGAGUCAUAUUUCCUCCUCUUCCUGCAAAGGCUCAGGUGAAUGCAUCUGCCAAAGUUAUGAAGCAGCUUGGUUUCCUUGGUUUAGAAGAGUGGCAGCCAUACUGUAAAGCACUGGAAAACUUCCUCCAGCAGAUCGCUGCACACAGCAUACUCUGCAAAAAUAAAGCUUUGGAGAUCUUCUUGACAAGCUCAGAUCCUCCAGGCAGACAGAGAGUAAGGAAAAACAUUUUCAACCGACUGAGUCAAGCUGUGGUAGAGAUGAGGAAAGAAAGCCAUAAGGAUGUGGAUGAGUUCUUUCAAACUGAACGGGAUCAUAACCUUGUUUUAACUGGCUGUACCAAGACUGCAACUGAGAGAUUCCUGGAUGUGGUGCUAACUGAGCAAAAAAUAGCAGUGGCCUGUGGGCACUUCUCAGCUGCUCUGCAGCUCUGUGUGGAACAAGGGGAGGAUCCUGACAAACAGGCCUUCUCUAAGGCUUGUGUAAAAUUAUCAGAAGUCUUUAAUUCUAUGAUGAAAAAUAUGACAAGUGUUGCUGAAAACAACGUGAACACUCUUGGAGUAGGCCUGGAUCUGGAGUCACGCUACCAGGAGGCAGAAAAGGAAAUGCUCUUCAGAAGAACCUGUAAGCUAGUGGAGUUAGAGACCGCCAGGAGGAAUGCAGAGAAGGCCAAACCUGUAAAGAAGGCUGCUAUGGAGGAGGUGAAGAAAGCAGCAGAGACAGAGUUUGAUCACAUUUGUGGAGUGGCUAAACAGGAGAUUGCGCAGUUCCAUGGCUUGCGUGUGAAGAUGUUGCAGCAGGCUUUGGUUCAGUGGUGUGAAAAGCAGCUUCUUACAGCCAAAGAAAAGGCUGACCAGUUCGACCAGCACCUGCAAGCCUUUAGAGGGAUGGCCUAGUGACCCCACACUUAAUGAAGCGUCCUCAGUAUGUCUAAACAUAGCAUGGGAUAACCCAAACAUGUCCUUCACCCUGUGCUGCAGAAGUCAGAUGCUUUCUUUGAUUUAAUUACAUCCAGUGUAAAAAAAUAUAAGAGAAGGGGAAAAUCUUCCUGAUAAUCAUACAGCAUCCCUAUAACUUGUACACACACACAAACUGAGUCUCUCCUCAAUCUCACUCACACCAAUAAAGCCCUUGCAGAAAC